GAGAGUGGCGCCGGAAGGAUGUUUCACUGUGUACGUCGGGACGGAGAGGGAGAGAUUUGUGGUGAAAACAGAUGGGGUUUUUAGAUUUCUUGGACUUGGCCAACAUUGAAGAUCUUUAGCUGCUUCUUAUAAUUUUUCUUCCUCCAAUUUCUUGAUCUUCGAAUUUGAUGAGGUUUUUGGGUUUCUUUUUCUUUUUGGAAGCCGAUUGGUUGAAGAGGGAAUUGAGGAAAUUGGCUAAUCAAUCGGAAUUGUUGCGACAGUAGAAUGAUUUUUUGAAGAUCUUAUCUGGGUGGUCGGAGAGGUGGCUCGCGAUGGACUUGGGCGAAGAAUUUGUAAGGGAAAAAAGGAAGGGAAUCUUAUCUAGGUUGUCGAAGAAUUUAUGGGUUUAGAUUUGAGUUUCAUGUAAAAGAAGGAAAAAAACCCUAAGAUCAAAGGUGAAGGGGGGAAGAAGGGAGAGAUGCAACGGAUUAAAAAAAAGAAAUCGAAAUCAUUUCGGGUCGGUUUUGAACCAAACUUAUUCGGUUCGGGUCGAUUGUUCUCGAAAACCGACCCGACCUGAACCGAUUACAGCCCUAAUUUUAACAAUGUAUGAUCAUUUCCUAACUUUUGGGUGGCGCACCCUCAAGUCAUUCUUUGGUAAGACAAAGCUAUGACACUAGAGACUUUGUGAAUGGAUAUAGAUAUUUAAAUGUCUAUUCUAAUAUUGGGUUGAGAAGAAUCUAGGAAGCAAAAGUUCAUACUUUUUUAGUGGAAACAUAGGAAUGAGAUCGAACUCACAAUUUAACUGGAGAUAGGUAUCUUAAACAAUUGAUCUAUAUAUUUAGUGCAUAAGUUCAUAGUUGAAUCUCCUAUUAUUAUCCGUCAAAUAGAGAAAUCUUAGAAGCUUUUCAAGUGUGUUUGGUGGAAUCAUAUAUCUCUCACCCAAACAAAGUUGCUUCUCCUCCUGCAAGGUAACAUCGCUCUAUGGAUUCAGUGAAGCGAAGCAGUUUCCCCAAAGGCUUCGUUUUUGGCACAGCAUCUUCUGCUUACCAGUAUGAAGGUGGUGCUUUUAAGGAUGGAAAAGGGCCAAGUAUUUGGGAUACCUACGCCCAUCGACACCCAGAGAGAAUUGUUGAUCACAACACUGGAGAUGUAGCCGUUGAUUCAUACCAUCGCUACAAGGAAGAUGUUGCCAUUAUGAAGCAAAUGGGGUUUGAUGCUUACAGAUUCUCAAUCGCUUGGUCCAGACUUUUACCAAAGGGAAAGCUUAGUGGGGGUGUGAAUUGGAAGGGAAUUGAGUACUACAACAACCUUAUCAAUGAGUUGCUUGCAAAUGAAAUCCAACCCUAUAUUACACUUUUCCAUUGGGAUCUUCCCCAAGCUUUACAAGAUGAAUAUCAAGGCUUCAUGGGCCAUCAAAUUGUAAAUGAUUUUCGAGACUAUGUAGAACUUUGCUUUAAGGAAUUUGGUGAUAGAUUCAAGCAUUGGAUAACCUUGAAUGAACCAUACAUUUUUAUCAUCAAAGGUUACGUGAUGAGAGAAUAUGCACCAUGUACAUGUUCUUCUUCGUCGCAAUCAUAUAAUUGCCUUGGUGGAGACUGUGGCAUCGAACCGUACAUUGUUGGUCACAAUCAAAUUCUUGCACACGCUGCUGCUGUCAAAAUCUACAAGGCCGGAUAUCAGGAACACCAAAAAGGUGUUAUUGGCAUCGCACUAGCGUCGGAUUGGUAUGUUCCAUAUUCAGAUAGUGAAGCCGAUAAAAAAGCUACAAGUCGAGCUAUUGAUUUUUCUCUUGGUUGGUUCUUGCAUCCACUUGUACAUGGAGAUUAUCCGCCCAGUAUGAGAACUCUCGUGAGGGAGAGAUUGCCUAAAUUUACAAACGAAGACGCUAUUUUAAUCACAAAAUCCUUUGAUUUUCUCGGAAUGAACUACUACACAGCAAGUUAUGCAAAAGACAAUCCUAAUGCAGUCAUUCAAAAGCCAAGCUAUUUGACUGAUUUUCAUACAACUCUUACAGUUGAACGUAAUGGAGUUUCAAUUGGUCCAAAGGUGGACGCAUCAUCUUGGCUUGCAGUUUAUCCACAAGGAUUGAAAGAACUGUUGAUAUACACGAAGAACAAUUAUAGAAAUCCAAUUAUCUACAUCACAGAAAAUGGAUACGUGGACUAUGAUAGGGCUCAAAUCCAUGAAUUACUCGAGGACAAGGAUAGAAUCAAAUACUUUCAUGAUCAUCUCUACAGUAUUCAGGAAUCAAUCAAGGCUGGUGUAAGAGUAAAUGGAUUUUUCGCAUGGUCAUUGUUGGACAACUUUGAAUGGUCGAGUGGAUAUAGCAAGCGUUUUGGUCUCACCUAUGUUGACUACAACAACAAUUUGGAAAGAAUCCCAAAAGACUCAGCAAAAUGGUUCCAUAAUUUCCUUAGAACUUGAAGAUCAUAUUCAUUACCCUCCAUACCUUCUAAA